AAGACUGACCCCAAAGUUCUUGCCUACACAGAAGGCCUUCAUGGAAAAUGGAUGUUCAGUGAGAUUCGAGCUGUUUUUUCAAGACGUUAUCUUCUCCAGCACACUGCUUUGGAAGUGUUUAUGGCAAAUAGAACCUCGGUUAUGUUUAAUUUUCCUGACCAAGCAACAGUAAAAAAAGUUGUGUACAGUUUACCUCGUGUUGGAGUGGGAACCAGCUAUGGUUUGCCACAAGCAAGGAGAAUAUCUCUGGCCACUCCCAGACAGCUUUAUAAGUCCUCCAACAUGACUCAGCGCUGGCAGCGACGAGAGAUUUCUAACUUUGAAUACUUGAUGUUCCUCAAUACUAUAGCAGGACGAACAUACAAUGAUCUAAACCAAUACCCUGUAUUUCCAUGGGUGUUAACGAACUACGAAUCAGAAGAGUUGGACCUGACCGUACCAGGCAACUUCAGGGAUCUUUCAAAGCCCAUUGGUGCUUUGAACCCAAAGAGAGCAGUGUUCUAUGCUGAGCGCUACGAGACUUGGGAAGAUGAUCAGACUCCACCUUAUCACUACAACACCCAUUAUUCAACAUCUACUUCUACGCUGGCCUGGCUUGUUCGUAUUGAGCCCUUCACAACAUUCUUUCUUAAUGCAAAUGAUGCAAAAUUUGACCAUCCAGAUCGAACCUUCUCUUCAGUGGCAAGAUCUUGGAGAAACAGCCAAAGAGAUACCUCAGAUGUGAAGGAGUUAAUUCCAGAGUUUUACUACCUACCAGAGAUGUUUGUCAACAGUAACGGAUAUAAUCUAGGUGUCAGAGAGGAUGAAGUUGUUGUAAAUGAUGUUGAGCUUCCCCCUUGGGCAAAGAAGCCCGAAGACUUUGUCCGGAUCAACAGGAUGGCGCUGGAAAGUGAGUUUGUAUCAUGCCAGCUUCAUCAGUGGAUUGACCUUAUUUUUGGCUACAAGCAACGAGGACCAGAAGCGGUGCGUGCACUCAAUGUUUUCCACUAUCUAACAUAUGAAGGCUCUGUGAAUCUGGAUAGUAUCACUGAUCCUGUCCUCAGGGAGAUCCCAGAGGCGUAUUUUAUUAGAGACCCUCAUACUUUCCUCCUUACAAAGGACUUUAUUAAGGCCAUGGAGGCACAGAUACAGAACUUUGGACAGACGCCAUCUCAGUUGCUUAUUGAGCCACAUCCGCCUCGGAGCUCUGCCAUGCACCUGUGUUUCCUUCCACAGAGUCCACUCAUGUUUAAAGAUCAGAUGCAGCAGGAUGUUAUUAUGGUGCUGAAAUUUCCAUCAAAUUCUCCUGUCACACACGUGGCAGCCAACACGCUUCCCCACCUUACCAUUCCUGCAGUGGUAACUGUGACUUGCAGCAGACUUUUUGCAGUGAAUAGAUGGCACAACACAGUAGGCCUCAGAGGAGCCCCAGGAUAUUCUUUGGAUCAAGCCCAUCAUCUUCCCAUUGAAAUGGAUCCAUUGAUUGCCAAUAACUCUGGUGUGAACAAACGGCAGAUCACAGACCUUGUGGAUCAGAGCAUCCAGAUCAAUGCGCAUUGUUUUGUGGUCACAGCAGAUAAUCGCUACAUUCUUAUCUGUGGCUUCUGGGACAAGAGCUUUCGGGUUUAUUCUACAGAAACAGGAAAAUUAACUCAAAUUGUUUUUGGCCACUGGGAUGUAGUUACUUGCCUUGCCAGAUCAGAAUCCUAUAUUGGUGGUGAUUGCUAUAUUGUCUCUGGAUCUCGUGAUGCUACAUUGCUUCUUUGGUACUGGAGUGGCCGACAUCAUAUUAUAGGAGAUAAUCCAAAUAGCAGUGAUUAUCCUGCUCCUAGAGCUGUUCUAACUGGUCAUGACCAUGAAGUUGUCUGUGUAUCGGUCUGUGCAGAGCUGGGACUUGUUAUCAGUGGUGCUAAAGAAGGUCCUUGUCUGGUACACACAAUCACUGGAGAUUUGCUGAGAGCACUUGAAGGAACUGAAAACUGCUUGUACCCUCGCUUAAUUUCAGUAUCUAGUGAAGGCCACUGCAUCAUCUACUAUGAGCGAGGACGGUUCAGCAAUUUCAGCAUCAAUGGCAAACUCUUAGCUCAGAUGGAGAUCAAUGACUCAACCAGGGCCAUCCUCCUGAGCAGUGAUGGACAGAACCUGGUGACUGGCGGGGACAAUGGAGUAGUGGAAGUGUGGCAGGCUUGUGAUUUUAAACAGCUCUAUAUUUACCCUGGCUGUGAUGCUGGCAUUAGAGCAAUGGACUUGUCUCAUGAUCAGAGAACUCUGAUUACUGGCAUGGCUUCUGGUAGCAUUGUAGCUUUUAACAUAGAUUUUAAUCGGUGGCAUUAUGAGCAUCAGAACAGAUACUGAAGCUGAAUGAAGAACUGAAAGCCAAGGUAAAGCUGAGAGCACAAGUGCUACAAUGAAAGGCGUAAUCUCUGGUGGAAAAACACGUCUGCAUUGACCUCUGUUGUACAUUCCAUUACACCCAGCAAUAGCUGUACAUUGUAGUCAGCAACCAUUUUAUUUUGUGUGUUUUUUCACAACUGAACACCAGCUGCUGAAAAGCAAGCUUGUAUCAUGUAAAUUAUAUGAAUUAGGAGAUGUUUUGGUAAUUAUUUCAUAUAUCUUUGUUUAUUGAGAAAAGGUAGUAGGAUGCGCCACAAGAGACUUCUGAAAAUUCUGAGGAACCUUGUGUCCAGUUGUUACGAUGUUUAGUCUGUGAAUCUAACAUGCAUCCCAUUUCCAGUCUCUUUUCAAGCUGAGAAAAAAAAAUGUUUGAUACUUUGUACAUCAGAUGCACAUCUUAACUUUGAAGGGAUACUUUUGUAAAAGUAAAACCUUGUAUAAAGAACAAAAAUGUUUCUUAAUUUUAUUGUGGAGUUACAACUUGCAUGUACUUUAAACCUGAUGUCUUGAUGGAACAGGGGUAUUCACACAAAUCAAACUAGAGAUCUAUCUAAGGCUGCAGCUUGCAUUAAAGGGUUGAAUUUGGAUGCUAUCAGUAAUUUUGACAUUUUCACCAAAAUAUGUUUUUCACUUUUUAAAUCUAAACUCAUUCUCUUCCAAGUGGAGUUUUGCUCAUGAAGCAUUUGGAUAAUAAGCCAUCAUUUGCCAUACUUAUACAAUGAAAGUUAAAUUCUUCCCUUUUAAACUUAUAGACAAAUCAGAAAGGGAGCGUAGUGGAAAGGUUCUGUUUUUCAUUAUAUCAUCAAGAGUCUUGUAAUGCUUUAUAGUGCUUAGUGACUCCCAACACGGCAAGAGUGCUGUACUUCUGGAUUCAUCACAUUUGGCAUAUGAUCCACUGAGGGAAGAGAGCCUCAGUUACAUUUUUCUUAUUUUUCCUCUGAAUAGCUUGGUUUGUUUAACAACCUUAGCUUUUAUUGCAAAGAUAAGUUAUUCUUUUAGGUUCUUCUGAAAAUCUCACCGGAAGUCACAUUCUCAGCCUAAGGCACUUCAUGUUUUACAAUACUGUAAUGAUGACUAUCAGAAUAAUUUUCCACACAUUGUACUGAUCAAAUUACACACCAAGGGGUAUAUACACUUUACUUCAUGUUUCUUCUUUGUAUAUUUGGUGACUGUAUUGUCAUAGAUGUACAUAGUGUGUCGGUAGGGCUAUGAGGCAUGUAACAGGAAUGUAAUUUUCUCAGAAUUUACACUCACUUGCAGUCAUUUAUUUAAAAUGAUACUGGAUUCUUUGUAUUGGCACUUUGCACCAGAAACAUAUCAUUAUUUAUUGAUGUGAUUACUUAUUUGUUAUCCACCUUGUAUUAGUAAGUUUUAGCACUGAAUUCCUUCUUCAUUGUUGUUUGUAUUUAAAAUAUUCUGAAAUCAUGGGGAAUCAAUGUAAUGAUUAAGUUAUUCAUGACCAGUCUGUAAGCAAUAUCUUGAGUUUAUAGCUUAGAAUUGGGAGAAUACUGAACAUCUGGAAGACAAGUUCAUUUCAUCUUGAGAUCAUGGUGAAAUAUUUUGGAUAUAUGAAUUCCUUAAGCUAUUGUAACCAUGUUUUAUUGCAAAGAUGUAAAAUAUGCCAGAUGUGUGUGAGUUGGAAAUCCAAAAAAGAAAAAUAAAAUAUGCAAAGAAUUCA